AUGUCUUCCAACACUUCAGUUUCUCCACCCCCUAUCGAGACUCUCCCGGCCUCUUCGUCCAAAGCCAAGAAGACAGCAACAAAGAAGCCCGCAUCGAAGAAGGCCCCCGCAAAAGUUGCUCCAAAGGUUGCCUCCCAUCCUUCUUGGAAGGACAUCAUCAAGGCAUGCAUCACUGCUCACAAGGAGGACGCUCGCAGUGGCGUGUCAAGAGCAACUAUUAAGAAGUUUGCCGAGGAAAAAUACCGCCUCGAGGUCUCUGGUACAAACUUGUACCAGCUCAAUCGUGCUAUCACAUCUGGCGUCACGGCGGAAAUCUUUGCCUUGCCCAAAGGCCCUUCUGGCAAGGUCAAACUCGCACCCAAAAAGAAGGCAUCUGAUGAUGAGGUAUGUGGCAGUACUGACGAUUUGGUUUUAUAG